CUUCUUGUAUUCUUGUUCUUAGCUUUUAGAUCAAAGUUCUCAACAAUCUGGUAUUAGAGGCGCCACUGGGUCUAACAAAAUCAAAGCCGCAAUCUUUGAAGUUCUUGCAACAGCAUGAACAAUGACGACUGAAGGGAGUUUUGUACAGUCAGCCAUUUCUCGUUUUGAUGGUCACUAUGAUCAUUAAGCAUGCUGAUGGAAAACUUCCUACAAUCUAAAGAAUAUUGGGAGCUGGUAGAGCCUGGGUAUGUUGAGCCAGUAAUUGGAUUGUUGCAUGCAGAUGCACAGCGAAAGAAGAAUGAUGAGAUGAAAUUGAAAGAUCUAAACGUGAAGAACUAUCUCUUCCAAGCCAUUGAUCGCACAGUUCUCAAUACCAUUCUCAAGAAGGACACUGCCAAAGAAAUAUGAGAUCCAAGAAGAAAAAAUUUGAAGAAAAAGCAAAGGUCAAGAGGUCUCAUCUUCAAGUUCUCUGCAGAGAAUUUGAAACUCUUAAGAUGAGAUCUGGCGAAGGAGUGACAGAGUACUUCUCUAGAGUCAUGAUAAUGGCAAACAAGAUGCGAAUUUAUGGAGAAGAUAUGCAAGAUGUUAAAGUGGUGGAGAAAAUUCUACGCUCUUUAACUGAGAGGUUCAAUUAUGUUGUUUGUUUUAUUGACGAGUCAAAAGACAUUGAUGCUCUCACAAUUGAUGAGUUACAAAGCUUAUUAAUGGUGCAUGAACAGAAGUUUCAGAUGCGCAAUGGUGAGAAGCAGGUUUUGAAGGUGACAUACGAAGGAGGAAGAGGAAGAGAAAGAGGUCGAGUAGGUUUCAACAAGGCAAUUGUGGAGUGUUACAGAUGUCAUAAACUUGGAUAUUUUCAGUACGAAUGUCAUUCUGGGAACAAGGAAACAAAUUAUGCAGAUUUUGAUAAGGAAGAUAAAAUGCUUCUAAUGUCUUAUGUGGAGCUGUAUGAGAGGCCAGAAGUAAAAAUGCAUGGUUCCUUGGCUCAGGAUGUUCUAAUCACAUGUGUGGCGAUCGUGCUAUGUUCAGUGAACUUGAUGAAAAAUUUCAGCAUUCGGUGAAAUUGGGGAACAACACUAAGAUGAAUGUGUGGGAAAGGGAUGUGUGAAACUGUUGCUGAGUGGAAUCAAUCGUGUUGUUACUAAGGUAUACUAUAUUCGGAAGUUGAGGAAUAAUCUCUUAAGCAUAGGGCAGCUGCAAGAAAAAGGCUUGGCUAUCUUGAUUAAGGGAGGGACGUGCAAGAUAUUUCAUCCAUAGAAGGGGUUGAUCAUUCAAACUAACAUGAGUACCAUUAGGAUGUUUAUCUUGUUGACUUAGUCUCCAGCUCAUUCUCAAUUACAAUCUGAUCAGUGUCUUCACAUAAGAGAUCAAAACUUGUCUCAUCUUUGGCAUCGGAGGUAUAGGCAUCUGAGUUACAAGGGUUUGAGAACCUUGUUAUACAAGAACAUGGUGCGUGGACUACCUCAACUCUUUACCUCAACUGUGCCAUGUAUUGAUUGCAUCCAUGGGAAAUAACACCGUGGUCCUAUCUCAAAGAAAAGUAUUUGAAGAGCAACUCAGAAAUUGGAACUCAUUCAUUCGGAUAUUUGUGGUCCGAUCGCUCCUACAUCUAAUAGCAACAAGAGGUACAUUUUGUUAUUCAUUGAUGAUUAUAGUAGAAAAACAUGGGUGUAUUUUUGGGUAGAAAAGUCAAAAGCUUUAAAUUGUUUUAAAUGUUUUAAGACUAUGGUUGAGAAAAAAACAGUGUUGUUUCUUAAAUAUUUGCGCACUGAUAAAGGAGGGGAAUUCAAUUCAAAUGAGUUCAAUGAUUUUUGUAAACAAAAUGGAAUCAAGAGGCAAUUGACCACUACUUAUACUUCGCAACAGAACGGUGUAGCUAAAAAAAAAGAAUAGAACUGUUAUGAACAUGGUUCGUUCAAUGCUAUCUGACAAGAACAUUCCCAUGACCUUUUGGCCGAAAGCAGUAAAUUGGACUAUUAUGUCCUAAACAAGUGUCCUACAUUGGCUAUCAAGGAUGUUACACCAGAGAAAGCUUGGAAUGGAAUAAAACCUUCAGUAGAUCAUUUUCGAGUCUUCGGUUGGGUAGCGCACAUCCAUGUUCCAUAAGCAAGGAGGAUUAAACUUGAAAGUAGAAGCAUUACUUGUAUACUAUUGGGAGUUAGUGAGGAGUCAAAAGGUCAUAGGCUAUAUGAUCCUGUUGGUAAGAAGGUUGUUGUGAGUAGAGAUGUAAUUUUCGAAGAAGGGAAGCAAUGUGACUGGGAUGUGAGUUAUGAAAAGCAAAUAUUAGUAGACUUAGAAUGGGAUGAUGGUGAUGGUGAGAAUGAAGAACAUGUGAGUCCAAAUGGGAGUGGAGAUGGAGAGGUAGGAGAGACUAGUGAUGAGGGAGUUAGAGAAGAGGAAGAUGGUACUAGUGGGGUUGAAGAGAGAGUGAGAGAAUUGAGACAACCUCUUGAAAGGCAACUUCCUGUGUGGAUGAGUGAUUACGACAGUGGAGAAGGUCUAUCUGAGGAUGAAACUCAUAUGCACUAGUAGUAUCAACUGAUCCAUUAUAUUUUGAGGAAUCUAUGAAGAGUGCAAAUUGGAGAUUGGCCAUGGACAAUGAGAUCAAAUCCAUCGAGAAGAACAAAACAUGGGCACUCACUGAGAUGCUAGCUGGAGCCAAAAGAAUUGGAGUGAAGUGGGUUUACAAAACCAAAUAUAAUGAGUAUGGAAAGAUUGGUAAGUACAAGGCUCGUUUGGUUGCUAAAGGGUACUCUUCGAAAUAUGGAAUAGAUUACACAGAAUUUUUGGCAUCAGUGGCAAGAAUGGAUAUAGUAAGGAUGAUUAUUGCUUUAACUGCACAGAAGGAUUGGAAGAUUUUUCAGUUGGAUGUUAAGUCAGCUUUUCUCAAUGGUGAGGUGAGUGAAGAUAUUUAUGUGGAGUAGCCAAAAGAGUAUGAAAAAAGGAGCAGUGAGCAUUUGGUUUAUAAGUUACACAAAGCCUUGCAUGGAUUAAAACAAAUUCCACAAGCUUGGUUUAGUCAAAUCGAAGCACAUUUCAUUGGUGAAGGUUGUCAGAGUGCGAUAGCGAGCAAACAUUAUUCACAAAGAGAAGCAGAGAAGGAAAAAUUAUCAUUGUACGCGUUUAUGUUGAUGAUUUAAGUUUUACAAGUAAUGAUGAAGUUAUGAUGUCUAAAUUUAAAAGCUCUAUGUUAAAAGAGUUUGAUAUGUCUGACUUGGGGAAGAUAAGAUUUUUUCUUGGGAUCGAGUUACUACAAAAAUCUGAUGGUAUUUAUAUAUGCCAAAGGAAAUAUGCAUUGGAGGUUUUAAGAAGGUUUGGUAUGAUGGAAAGUAAUUUGGUGGGUAGUCCAAUAGUUCCAUAUUUCAAAUUAAGCAAGGAUGAAGACGGAGUUUCUGUUGAUUAGAUAUACUAUAUGCAGUUGGUGGGAAGUUUAAUGUAUCUCACUGCCAUGAGACCUGACAUGAUGUUUGCUAUUGUCUCAUAAGUAGAUAUAGGGCAAAACCAAUGGAGAGUCAUUUACAGGCAGCUAAAAGAGUACUUCGAUACUUAAAAGGGACUGUGAAUUAUGGAAUUCAUUAUAAGAAAGGAGGAAAUGGUGAGUUGUUGGCAUUUAUAGAUUGCGACUAUGCUGGAGAUAUGGAGGACAGGAAGAGUACAUCUGGGUAGUGUUUUUAAUCAGUUCAGGUGCUGUUUCAUGAUGUUCAAAAAAGCAGCCUUGUGUGACUUUAUUAACCAAAGAAGCUGAGUUCGUGGCAGCUGUAGUUUGUGCUUGUCAAGGAGUCUGGAUGAAGAGAAUUUUAAAGGAGCUGGGACAUUCUGAUAUAGGUUGUAUUACUAUAAUGUGUGAUAAUAGUUCAAUCAUCAAGCUGUCUAAAAAUCCAAUUAUGCAUGAUCGCAGCAAGCAUAUUGAUGUAAGGUUUCAUUUAUUAAGAAAUCUUACUAAGGAUGGUACAAUUGAAUUAGCUCAUUGUGGGAGUAGGGAUCAAGCGGCUGACAUAAUGACUAAACAAUUGAAGCUAGAAGUUUUUCAGAAGCUUCGAAAGUUACUGGGAGUAUGAAAUUUCUGGCAUAAAGUAAUUGCUUCAUAGCAUUUAGUUUAAGGGAGGGAAUGAAGAAGUUUGCUGCAGUUUUUGUUAGAAUAAUUCUCUGGUUUUCAGGGUAAGUUUUAGUCAAGUCCUAGUCUUUAGGAAAAAUCUACUUGUAUUUAACUUCUUCCAAGUUACUGUUACCAUUUAGCUUUAUUUUCGUCAAAAUGGGCUGCUCACUUGCUUUCUAUUAAGAUUGUGUAUUGAAUGGCUAUUUAGGUCACGGUUAUUAUCAAUAAAAUUGAGUUAUUCAAUCCAGCUGCUUGUAUUCUUGUUCUUAGUUUUUAGAUCAAAGUUCCCAACAAACAGAAGGUAAAUCUUCUAGUUGCAAUAACCGCUUCAACAUGGUUUCUGGUUGUCUAAAUAGUUUAAAGCAGAAGAGAAGAUAUUAGUCAAAGAAAAGACAACGAUGUACAAUCAUUUUCUUAGCGUAUUGAAGUACAUUUACACAUGCUUUUUGUUUUUUUUUUUUUUUUUCAA